CGCGAGCGACGAUCACAUUCUCUUAAACAGCUUUUCAAUUUGACUCUACGGAAGCCGGUCUGGGACUGGUUUGAUUCAAUUCUAUUUCGAACACAUGUUUAUCCAACCUGUUUUAGCGCUUUCUCUUGCGCUGCCCUCUCUAUCAACUGCCGCGCGACUCUUCGCGACCCACUACAAUGGCAAUGUUUACUCCCUCGAGCUGAAGGAGGACGGCGGUAAAUACUCGCUCUCGAAAACCUAUAACCAGACAGCAUGCGGUGGUGUAGGCUCAGCUAGCUCGCUGACCGCGGACACCGCGCGGGGCCUCCUGUGGUGCUCUGGUGAAGGAACCCCCGGUGCUUUGACGGCCUUGCAAGUCGAGCAAGAUGGGAAGUAUAAGGAGGUCGUGAAGGUAAAGACUCCCCCUGGAGGGGUCGAUAGCGUCAUGUAUGGAAAGGACAAGCAGUAUCUCGCGAUAGCGCACUACGGCAACUCCUCCAUCUCCCUCUGGAACAUCCCCUUCAAGGACGACCAGAACGUGAAGCCCUUCGAUGUAUUGGAGUUCCCCAAACCCGAAAACCCCACCGACAAACAGCCCAACUCCAAGCCGCACCAAGUAUUCCUCGACCCCACCGGAGCCUUCCUCCUAUCCCCCGAUCUGGGAUUGGACAAGGUCCACGUCUUCAAGAUCGAUCAGGACUCCGGCAAGUUGACAGCAUGCCCCGACGAUUCGCAAAUCUACUAUGAGACGGGAAGCGGGCCGCGAAACGGUGUGUUCGUGACCUCGAGCGGAAACCACACAUACCAGCGGAGGAACAUGCAUCGGGAGUGGCAGACGAAGCGCCAGACAGGAAAGACCACGCUGUAUACUGUAGAAGAGUAUGGCAACCAUGUGUGUUCAUUCGAUGUGACGUAUGCGAACGGCCAAUGCCCCAAAUUCAAGGAGGUGAACUGCUUCAUCCCUUGGCCCGCAGCAAAGCUUCCCAACGAUAAAACGUCACUCUCAGAAAUCCAUGCAGCUGGACCCACCCUUCAUGUCGCCGUCCGAAAGGAUGGUAAAUUUGACGGCAAGGAUUCGCUAGUGACAUUGAAGCCGGCUCAGGAGAAGGUGAAGGACGGUGACCUCUUCUCGUCGGGUGGGAAGACGCCGCGCAGCUUCGCCAUCAAUAAGAAGGGCGAUUUGGUCGCUGUGGGUAAUCAGGAUUCAUCGACCGUGGUGAUCAUCCAGAGGGAUCCUCGAACGGGCAAGUUGCGGAAGGAAGUCGCCUCUCUUCCCGUUGGAGAGGCACCAGCACCAGAUGUGUACGGCGGUCUGAGCAGCAUUGUGUGGUACGAGUAGGGUUUGCUCACCUCUUGGGGAGGGGGAUACAUAGAGUUAGUUGCAUAUGUGUAUAUUCAUAAGACCUUUGCCAUUUGUACUUCAGGGUAGACAACGUGCCUGUCAACUUGAACAUCUUUUGAUGGAUAUAUGUCUUAAAAAAUAUCAUUUCAGAUGCGGAUCUUGCGAGUCAUUCAAAUACAAAGUGUAACAGAACACCAAAAUGCCACCGUAGUGUAUAUAGACCGCCCAGCGAUGGUAUAAACACAACCACACAUAAUAAAUCUCGAACUAAACAAGA